AUGGGCUGCAAUCUGUGUACUUUUCAGAAGAGAGAGGAGCACUACAAACUGCUGUAUGAAGUUGCACAGGUUAAUGGGAAGGAUCUUACCAAAGCUACCCAUGAAGAAGCUGUUGAAGCCUUUCGUAAUGCUAAAGAACCAAUUGUAGUGCAAGUUUUAAGAAGAGCACCUCUUAAUAAAGUCCAUGGAGUGAUGCAAGAGGUUCAACUGGUUAAUGUUAGCACACAGACAGAUAUCACGUUUGAACACAUCAUGGCUCUGGCCAAACUCAGACCUUGCACUCCACCAGUUCCUGACAUCUGCCCUUUUCUCCUUUCUGACAGCUGCCAUUCUCUUCACCCGAUGGAGCAUGAAUUUUAUGAAGGUAAUGAGUAUCUUUCCAGCAUGCCCGCUGAUGGUGAAAGACCUGAAGACUUUGAGUAUGAGGAGGUAGAGUUGUGUCGACAUAACAGCCAGGAGAGACUGGGUCUGACUGUCUGCUACAGAACAGAUGAUGAGGAAGACACUGGAAUUUAUGUCAGUGAGGUCGACCCAAACAGUAUUGCUGCAAGAGAUGGGCGUAUCCGAGAAGGAGAUAGAAUUUUGCAAAUCAACGGUCAAGACGUCCAGAAUAGGGAGGAGGCUGUGGCUUUGCUAUCCAGUGAUGAAUGCAAGAAAAUAAUUCUGCUUGUUGCAAGACCAGACUUACCGCUGGAUGAUGGGUGGCUUGAUGAUGAAAGGAAUGAAUUCUUGGAAGAAUUAAACAUGGAGAUACUGGAAGAACAAAACAAUGAAGAAAUGCAAUACACAACUGAUGAAGUGCAACUGCAAAAGAAGCCAGAAGAUGAAGAUAUCACAACAGACACAGCAACUUCCUCAUCCAAUAAUCCUGAAAAAGACAGUGGUAUGGGGCGUACAGAUGAAAGCCAUCGUAAUGAUGAAAGUUCUGAAGUAGAAAAUACUGUAGAAGAACAGAACACUACUCUGCAGUGUAAUAGAGAACUAGGUCAAAGUCAUGAUACAUUGGGAAGCAUUGAGUUAAAAUGCAAUGAAAGCUUUGUUUCUGGGGAGUACAUUGAUUCUGACUUUGUUGGUAACCAAGAAGAGGAGUGUGAUAAGUUUCGACAGUUGUUGGAACUCAAGUGCAAGAUUAGAAAUCAAGGAGAAUAUGAUCUUUACUAUUCGAGCAGGACUAUUGAAUGUAGUAGAGCUAAUCAAGGUGGUGUAGAACAUGAACUACAGUUAUUAAAUGAAGAACUGAGAAAUAUUGAGCUUGAAUGCCAAAGUAUUAUGCAGGCUCAUAGACGUAAAAAUGAAAGAGACCAUGCUGAAGAGGUCUGGUCAAUUCAUGAUAAUGGAUUCAGAAAUUAUAACACUAGUGUUGAUGCACAGAGAAGUAAGCUGAAUAAUAUAACUGAACAUCCAGAACGAUCAGACAAGGACAGUUCUAGUGCUUAUAAUACAGCUGAAAGCUGUAGAAGUACACCUUUAAAUAUGGAUCGAUCCCCAGACAGUUCCCUUCAAAGAAUUAUAAGCAUUACCAACCGAAAAAAUAUUAGGAGCACUAUUGUUGCAAAUCAUAUAUCUUCUGGACUGAGUAGUUUUGAGAACACCCCAACCAGAUCACAGACUAGUGUGCAAAGUCAAAGCAUUGAAUGUCUUGAUAAAAAUAUGUUAGAAUGUAGUAAGUUCUCAAAAUACAAAAAACAAAGCACUGAAGAAAUUCCUUACCUUUCACCAUAUCAUAGCUCAACCUAUAGCUGUGGAAAUGUACCAGUGCAUGCAAGGCAUUAUCAAAGUUACAUGCAACUUAUCCAACAAAAAACUGCAGUUGAGUAUGCCCAAAGUCAGCUAAACUUAGUAACUAUGUGUAAAGACUCACAAAGGUCCACAGAGCCAAGGAUGGAAUGGAAAGUGAAAAUUAGGAGUGAUGGGACAAGAUAUAUCACCAAAAGGCCAGUAAGAGAUAAGCUUUUGAAAGAACGUGCCUUGAAAAUCAAAGAAGAGAGGAGUGGAAUGACUACAGAUGAUGAUACAAUGAGUGAAAUGAAAAUGGGUCGGUAUUGGAGCAAAGAGGAGAGAAAGCAGCACCUUAUGAGAGCUAAGGAGCAAAGGAGACGAAGAGAAUUUAUGAUGAGGAGUAGACUGGAAUGUCUAAAGGAAAGUCCUCAGAGUGGGAGUGAAUCCAAAAAGGAAGUUAGCAUAAUUGAACUGAGUCACAAAAAAAUGAUGAAAAAACGCAACAAGAAAAUUUUAGACAACUGGAUGACAAUCCAAGAACUUAUGACACAUGGUGAAAAAUCUCCAGAUGGAGCCCGCUUACAUAAUGCCUUUUUAUCAGUCACUACUGUUUGAGUAUGACUGCCAAGAAGUAUGCUACCUUUUUAGGUAGAGUACUAUUGCCUCGUUCAAUGUGGC